UAUAAAUUGAUACCACAGAAACAGAUAUAUUUAUUUGGCAGUAUAAUUUAAACCACAGUUUAAAUUGCUGUGCAUUUUAACACAAACCUGUCGUCAAACAAUAGCAGCAGCUUGUUCAUGGUGUAGCCAUGUGGUUUCUGUCAAAACACACACACUUCGUUUGUUCAGGCACUGACAUAUGUAGUUUUUUUUCCACCCUAACAGGGCCUGAGAUUCAGGUUUCUGCUGAAGCAUGACCUAUUAAUGAACCAUCACCUCAAACCACAUAGCAGGCAAGAGACAGAGAAAAAAAGCUGACAUCAACACAUGUACAGUGAGCUUCAAACCUGCCUGAGAAAUAAUUCCUCCAUUCAAGCUUGGAGAGUGGAAGAACAUGGCAAAAGUGAUGUACCUGUGUUUGUGCUUCUGGCUGGCAGCAGAACUACCAGGCCUGACAGCGACUCCAGAGGGACUGAGGGUGAGACAGCACCCUCCCCAUCUCAGUGUGAUGAGGGGUGAGACAGCAACCCUGUCCUGUCAUUUCAAAGUCGAAUCCCUCACGUACGGAGUUCAGUGGUUCAAAAUGAAGUCGGGAAAGCGGUUCAUCCCAAAGUCAUCCAGGCAGAUCCUUUUGGAGAAGAACCAAACCUCAUCCCUGGUGAUCACUAAGGUUACACUGGAGGAUUCUGGGUGGUAUUACUGUGAGGUCAACGUCCUGCAGAAAGAUCCAGAGUGGGGCAACGGCACUGAGCUGAUCGUCUUGGCUGCACCUUCUGCCCCCAAAAUCUUCCUCCAGACUCCUUCAAACCCACAGACUGGUCGGUGGGCUCUUCUCUGUCUCACUGGGGGAUUCCACCCCAGCACGCUUACCCUCAUAUGGACCUACCAAAGCACAGGAGAUGUUCAAUUAUCAGUCACCAACUGCACUCUUCCUGCUGGCAACCAACACCUUAAUCUGUCUGACGCCCCAACCGCUAGUGCACUGCUGUCCUCAGACUGGUUGGUGAACUCAACAAAUCAAUGCUUACAAGUGAUGGACAACCACACUCAGGCAGUUUACCUCUUCAGCGGGUUUUAUCUCCCACUGAAACAGUCCUUGGACACACAGAUCAUCUUCACCUGUGGGGUGCAGGACCACCCUGCCAUGACCACGGCCCUGACAACCUCUUUCACGUGGGAUGCCACCCCUAAUGAGCUGAUUAUGCACUUGAAUAUUGCUAAGAUGUGUUUCCUGUCUGCGGUAACCGUGGUGUUUUUGUUGCAAGCAGUCAAACAUUUCUACACGCAGAGAAAAUGAUCCCAGCCAUGAAAUCAAAAAUGAAAUCACCGAUGACAGAAAAGGACUCAUCAGCAGACCAACCUUUGACAAACAUCACAGAAUCGUGUAUUAAUUCUGACGCACUAGUUCAUUUUGUACUAUGGGUAAAUGUUUGUGUGCGUACAAGCUGCUCCCUCUUGUUCGUAUUAGAUUUUUUUCCAUUGCUCUGUUUCAAACCUCUUCCUGUCCUCCAUAUUCUGCUUGACUUAGUAUAUCCUCCAAAUGUUGAUGCACUGUCGAUUCCUCUGUGCACCUAAAAGCUGUUUAUCUCAGUAAAUCUCCAUCGCUGCAGCUUGCUGACUAGCGUGUUUCUGGAUUUGCUUAUUGUGUCAGUCGACUGUAGCCUGCUCAUCGUAGUUAUUCACACAUGCCACUGUCAAAAUGGAUGCUUCAUGCAUGAUGCAUCUAUCAAACAGUGAUCAGCUCCACCUCCACAUGGGCCUAAUCCUCACAAAGCAGGAUUAUAUAGUUGAUGCUGGCAAUUCCUUGUUUGAUAGUAUUGUUUAUGUUUGCGCUGCGUGCGCACUAUGAUUGUGAUUUACUGGUUGGAGGAAGUUAAUUUUACACAUAAUCCCGCCCACGCUGGAAGGAAUAAUGACAAAUAAUUGAAUUUCUAAUAAGAUGAUGUGCUGUGCCUGCAGGACUGGUGUGAAAAUGAGCUUUUUGUUCAAUAAACCUGUGAAUAAUCACA